AUUUAUUUGACAGUGACAAUAAAGAAAUAUGAGUCGCAAAUGCGAAAAAGAUACACAAUCAAACAACUCCCUCUUGAAUUACUUUGCAGUCCUUGACAAUGCUUCGCAAAUCUCGUCACCAAUACCCUCGCAGAUAAAAAUUCCUGAACUCUUGGAGGAUGACGGCAGUUCUGAAUCUGAAGGUGAGAUGUUCAAGUCGGACACACAUGUCCGAGUCUUGGAAGGAGCUGGUGAUUGGAAAGCACACCGGUUCUCAGAAGAACCUUUUCCUACCAGAAAAGGAGAAGUCAGAAUGAGGAAUUUUAAUGAUCUGAAGUUGAACGAUGAAGAGUUGAAUGGUGUUUUGUCACAACGGAUGAUUGCAUGGUCUAUUUCAAACUUGCAGCGAGUACCAGAACUCAACUUCUAUGCUUAUGUGAAAUUAUCGCUUGAAGCGAAAGAGCUCACUGAUAUCACUGCUAUCAAGAAGUAUCAUUUCAUCCAAUAUUUAGAUUUGUCGUUUAAUAAGCUUACCACGCUACAACCUUUAGGUGAUUUACCUUUCCUCCAAUACUUGUAUGUUAGUCACAAUGAACUGGAAAACCUGCUUGACUUUAAAGCUCCUUUUUACCUUACUUACGUAAAUUUCUCUUAUAACCAUGUGAAGAAGAUGCCGGAUCUGAAAGACUUUUGGUCUCUGGUGCAUCUAGAUCUAUGCUUCAAUGAGAUCGAGAAGAUAGAAGGAAUAGAAUCAUUAAGGUUCUUGUCUCACUUGGACUUAUCGCAUAACAAAAUACAAGUGGUAGAAAAUAUCAGCAAUCUAAGGCUCCAGACGCUGUUAAUUCGUUCAAAUAUGAUAGAUACGAUCGAGGAAGAAGGGAAAGGCGUUGGGAUCUCAACAUUACAUUUAAUACGGACCAUCGACCUCACAUAUAAUAAUAUAAGCUCUUUGAGAUACUUCGAGGGUUGCUAUAACUUGGAGACAUUGAUCAUUGCUGCAAAUAAGAUUUCUUCGCUUACGGACAUAUACUGCCUGAGGAGCCUGAUCCACCUUCGAAGUUUGGACAUAAGAGAUAAUCCAAUCUGUUGCUUGCCUUAUUGCAUGAGCAUGUGCUACAGAACACUUGAACACUUACACGAACUAAAUGGGGACGAAGUUACUGCCAAGAAACGAGUGAUGUCAAAGUUCACUCCAAAUGUUGAGUACACGUUGCGAGCCCGACUAGACAGGAUGGAGUUACUAUUGCUGGAGCAAAUGAAUCAACCCAUGAUUGGAGCUCACGUAGUACCGUGUGACUUCCCCCCACCUCCUAUAAUACUGCUCGCUGGCCCUCCUGGAAGUAGAAAAAAAGAGAUUGCGUUCGAAUUUGCGAUGAAGAAUCCCAAGGCUGUCCUUGGUGUCAGCCACACAACUCGACAACGAAAUGCUGAAGAAGUAGAUGGCCGCCACUACUACUUCGUAGAUGAAAACAAGUUUGAUUAUCUUUUGAAGCAUGGAGAAUUUAUGACUGUUUCGGAAUCAUACGGUUUUCGAUACGGAAUCUCAUUCAGAGAACUUGCUAAGGCCACCACAGAGAAUAAGGUUCUCGUAUUCUACACCGACCUUUCAGCUGCUCUAAUGCUUAAACUGAUGAAUAUGUGCCCCAAAAUAGUUUUAGCUCUGCCGAAAAGAGAGAAAACACAUUUGAAUUGGUUGAAGGAGAAGUACAUCUACCAAUUCAUCAAUAGAGACCUGGUGUUGAUUAGGAAUUGCCCGGCUUGUGUGAGGGAAGUAAAGGCAGUCGAGUUAUCCACUGAAGGGUCAACUGUAUCAUCAGAAUCAACUAUCGCUUCUACAGAUCAGAACACAUCGCCUGCGAGCCAUGAUUACCUGCAUUCCAUAAGUGGAUACAUAGAAGGAGCAGGCUUCAUUUGUUUACACAGCCGUAACUGUUUCACUAUGGGACAGAAGCCAUCGUAUGGAAAGGAACUGAAUGAAAUGCCGGCUGGAAAAUUUGAUAUAGUAAAUAAGGAGUCACACGUGAGCCAGUGCAAAACUUGUUGCAUCGGAUAUACAGACGCCUCAACUGAAACAACUGAACGUUGUGACAAAUGUGUUCAGUGUGACACUUUGGCGGGAUCAUCAGUGAAUAGUAAAAGGGAUGUUCACAAAGGAAUAUCGUUCAACAACUCUUUGGACAGCUUCGAAAAGACGGAAAGUGACUGGAGCGAUCCCCUACAAGACGUCAUCCAUAAGAGCGUCAGUGAUUCGUAUCUGCUUCAAGUCACAAACUCCAGUAAAUCAGCUAACAUCACUCAUCGUCCGCUUCUAAGCGUGCUUAGUAAAGCUCAAGUACACGUAAACGAAACAGAUAGCGCCAAACAAGAAACUAUCUACAUGACCGCAACUGAGACAUUUGAUAUGCUUCAGCAAGAACAUCUGAAAGUAUUUCUCGAAGAUGUUAUGGACAACAGACAACAGUUGCUUGAACUUCAUAAUGAAAAUAUCGGAUUGUUCAGAGAUGUUAUUUUUACUGACGAAAUUGAUGAUGCUCUACGUAGGCUCAAAAACAUUUUGAAGUAUACUAUAAAGAAUCAUAUAAUCUCAAAGGAAGACUUCAAUAUCAAAGAGGAUCCCGUUUACAAGAAGAUGAUUGAUAAGAAGCUAAAGAAAAUAGGUAUGCUACAAAAUGUACAUUCAAAAAAAAAUUAGAUGUUUGCACUCCGUUUAGCUAUUAAUAAACCUUUGUUAUGUAUCGUGAAA